GAUGACGACCCCGGUGCGGCUGUUUGUGAAGAUGGAGGUGUACUUGGUUCCUUCGUUUGAUGUGAUGAGGUGGAAGUAGAGGGUUUGUUGCUCGGUCCGCUCGCGCGGCGGUGGAACCACCGGCAAAUUGCUACAGUGUCUGGUCUUGCGGCUUCCUUUGGUGUACUACUAGCCUGUAUGACAAACAACGUUGUGCAGUUUGGAGUUUGUUUAGUGUUGCUCACAGGUACUGCAACUGGUCUGCUUUUAAACACGGCAGUGGUUCUACUUGGGGUAUAUUUUGACCGUCUUUACGCCAUGGCAAACGGCAUCGCCUGUGCUGGCGCGUCGGUCGGUAUCCUGGUCUCAGCUCCGGCCACCCAGUUCAUUCUCGACGUCUACGGCUGGAGAGGUUGUCUACUCUUACUGGGCGGAGUUUGUCUUCAUUUGGGUGUAGUCGGCGCCCUGUUUCGGCCCGGUUCAUCAUCAACUGCACCCACAGAUCCCUGUCAGUACACACAGGUGGAGUCUGAUGAAGAACGUUCCACUCAAAGUGCCCUCACAUCCGGAGAAUCCAAAGAAAGUUGUACUACAGUCUCCAGCCAUCUUGUAUCCAAAAUCAUCGCAGCCACGGAUGCGGAUUUAUUUUGCAACUUCUCUUUUGUAGUAUUGAUCAUCUGCUUCUGCAAUAUAUGUGUUGUCAUCAUCGUCUGGGUGGUGUUUACCGUCCCGCACGUACUCGUGAAAGGCCUGACCCCAUACCAGGCCUCCCUGGUCGCCGGUGCCGGGGCUGUUGGCAUUUUAACGGGCCAGCUUGGUCACGGUCUCUUGGUGGACAAGGAAAUCCUCGGAGCGAGACCCAUGCUGUAUAUUUCUCAUGUCUUGAUGGCUGCGGCGUUCCUGCUGGAUCCUCUCCUCCACGGACUGUGGCCUCUUGUUGCGGGGAACUUCGCUUUUGGUGUAGGGUUUGGUAUAACGUUCCCGCUGAGUUUCACGAUGCUUCGGGCUUUAGUGGGCCCGGCCAGGAUGAGUAAUGCAGUGGGAUGGGCGGAAGCUGCAGGCGGUAUCAUGAGAAUAGCUGCCACUUUUUUAACAGGAUGGCUCUAUGAUACAACGGGAAGUUACGACACGUCGUAUUUAGUGAUUGGCUCGUUACCCGUAGUUGUCAUUGCUGCUUUACUAUUAGAAGACGCCAACAACAUGAUUUGUGCUCGAAAACGGAUGGACGGCCCCGAAUGA